AUGGGUGGCUUGAAGGCUGAAAUUUUUGAUGGGAUUCGGAUGUUCAAACCGCAAUCCCUCAAGGAGGCUAUUAAUCUAGCACAAAUGAGAGAUGAGCAGCUCACACGACAGCGGCGGUUCAUGCGACCACCACCUACAAGAGCUCCCCUAGCUCUUCCACAACCCAAUUGGGUAGCUCCCGUUACCUCAGCAGCUCCAGUCAGGCGUUUAUCAUGGGAGGAGAUGCAGAAGAGAAGAGUGCAAGGCCUCUGUUUUAACCGCAAUGAACGAUUUACAGCUGGGCAUAAAUGCCAAAAACCUCAGCUAUUACUCUUGGAGGGCUACGAAGGUGCUGGUAAUGUGAUCUGUGAGGACAUCACUGAUCAACAUACGGUGGAAUUUGACCAAGGGGGAGACAUGGGAGAAGUGCAAGAACUAGAACUGGAACCUGAAAUCACGCUCCACGCAUUGACGGGAUGGACCGUCCCGAGAACAAUGCGUAUAACUGCGACUAUGGCCUCCCACGAAGUAAUGGUGCUGAUCGACAGUGGAUCCACGCACAACUUCAUCAGUGAUCGCUUGGCAAGCUCGCUGUGUUUACCAGUAGUGCCAACGGAACCGUUCAUCGUUCGAGUUGCUAAUGGCGAACGGCUAAAAUGUCAAGGACGAUUUGAUAAGGUAUUGGUGAAUUUACAAGGCACUGAGUUUUACCCCACCCUUUUCUCUCUACCCUUAUCAGGUCUUGAUCUAGUGCUGGGUAUUCAAUGGUUGGAAAUGUUGGGUUCCGUGCUAUGUAACUGGAAGAAAUUAACCAUGGACUUCAACUGGAAUAAGCAAGCCCGCAGAUUGCAAGGAUUAGGUGAACAUGCUGUUCAGGAGGCAACGUUAAAAGAAAUCUCAAAAAAAUGUCGAAGGGGCCAUACGUUGUUUGCGGUACGCAUUCUGUCGACCACGAAGAAUAACUUACAGGGUGAAUUUUAUGAAGUUAAGCAUCAAGACCUGCAACGGGUUAUAUAG